CAAUCCUACAAAAUAAUCUGAAUUGUUCCUUUAGAAGCUCUACAAUGUCUAACAGGUUGUUCUCAGCUGCUCUUCUAUGCCUGUUCAGUAUAAGUCAGGCCAAUGUCUUAAAGUGCGAAGAGGUCACAAAACCACUCAUCCUGGAAGAUGUCUACAAAAGUAUCAUGGGGAAAUGGAUCUUCCUUGAGGGCAUAGCUGAUCACCAUUUGUUCACAAGCAUUCUGAACACUCUGAACAGCUCGUGGAUAUUUUUUGGUCCCGGUUCUCAUGCAGACACAUUCACCAUCAGUCAGGGGAACAUGCUAGCAGGAAAGUGUGAUUAUCAGACCGAUAACACAACUGUUAAAGACAGUACACUUUACCGUAUUGAGAAUGACACAUUGACAGAGGGCAAAUUGUUACCGUCAUGUUCUGACUGCUUCACCAUGAGCUUUAUCAGCAAAGUAAAAAAUGAGACCAUUAAGUCGCUCUACUUUUUCAAGAGACAAAGUCCCCAAAAUGAAAACGAUUUGGCCUUGUACCGGAAACAAGCUGAGUGUCUUGGAUUCAGAAGAGAACCCCAGUACUCAUAUGAUGGUGUAACAGAAUUCUGUAAUGUGGAAAAGACUGACCAGAAGAAUGUGGACGAAUCAGGUUAAUUAUCAGCGCUGGAACCUUUUAGAAAUGACAGAAAAUAAAAUUAUUAUAAAAAAAUAAUGCUUUGUAUUUCUGUCCUUGUGCGUGUUUUAAUAAGCCGUUUACAGUAAUAAGAUAAGUAUGUCAAACUAACCCCUCAUCACCAUAAAGACAUAAUUUGAAUUGCACAAAUAUCUAUCAUAGAUGUCAGAUGGUUUAGAAUAUGAAUAUUUUAAAAUGUUAUUUUUACUUAAAUGUCUGGUUUCGCUAGAAAUAAAUGUAUUUACCCUCUGGA